GUUUUGUCUCCUAAACUGUGAGUUGCACUGAGUUUUUCACUCUUUUCCUUCAAUGCACUUCCCCCUCCUUCACCCCUCCGGCCAUUUGCCUCGUGGUCAAGGACAAGGGGCACAAACUUUUCAUGAUGAGACAUCAUAGCUGGCACCAGUCAGACGGGGAUAUUUACUCUAUCCUCCAUGCUGAUUAGCUUGCGAUCCGGAAACGCUAACUGGAUCCUGACAUUCUUUCACACCGUUCAUGCUCUAUGCUCUUGAAACACUGGUUGGAGAUAUAUGCUAAUCAUUGUGUCUCCUCAGAACCCUAGCCUCCCUCCAUUCCAGUGGGAAAUCAAAAACCAAGCAGUUUGAGACUCGCUAAAAUUUCCCACACUAGCGAAGUUUUGCCCCGCAAUAGAAGCAGCUUCUUCCUGCAACCCAAGUCAUUAGACCAAUCCUUAAAUAAAAUAAAACAACCAACAUGGUUCUGCACAACCCCAACAACUGGCACUGGGUGAACAAGGACGCCUCGGGCUGGGCCAAAGACUACCUUAAGGAGAAGCUCGUUGUCGUCUCCGCAGAGGACAAUGGCGCCUCCGCCAAGAUUUCCAACCUGCUGUCGAUGGAUGGCGAUGUAGACGUCAGCCAGCGGAAGGGCAAGGUCAUCACCUUGUUCGACGUCAAAGUACAGCUGGAGUAUGAAGGUAAGACCAAGGACGAGGAGUCCGUUAGUGGUACCAUCACCAUUCCUGAGGUAGCCCAUGAUACCGAGGAAGAUGAGUACGUCUUUGAAAUCGAGAACUACUCCGAUUCCCCCUCCAAGCAGGCCGUGAAGGACCUUGUUCGCUCCAAGCUCGUCCCCCAGCUCCGUAAGGAACUCGCCACGCUUGCUCCGGCUCUGAUCACCGAGCACGGCAAGGACCUCCAGCAUGCCCCUGGUGUCAACCCUUCCAGCGGCUUCGCUGCGCCCAAGUACCACCCCCAAAACAAGAAGGAGACCGCCGCCCCCGUCGCCACCACCACCACCACUAGCAAUAAGGUCUCGGUCAACACCACCACCGUGACUGCCUCGGACGAGUUCCGCACCACCGCCGAGGAGUUGUACAACACUUUCACCGACCCUCAACGCAUUGCCGCGUUCACCCGCGGUGCUCCCCGUCAGUUCGAGGGCGCCCACGUCGGCGGCAAGUUCGCCAUCUUCGAUGGCAAUGUCAGCGGCGAGUACGUCAAGCUCGAGCCCACCGAAAUCACACAGAAGUGGCGCCUGGCCCAAUGGCCCGAGGGUCACUUCAGUACGCUCGACAUCAAGCUCGACCAGAACGACGUCGACGGUGUGACCCAGAUGCGCGUGACCUGGACCGGCGUCCCCGUCGGCCAGGAGGACGUGACCAAGCAGAACUGGGAUGUGUACUACAUCCGCAGUAUCAAGCAGACUUUUGGGUUUGGCACUAUCCUCUGAGCACAUGCAUGAGUUUGUGAAGAAUCUUUAAACUUCUCAUCUGGGAACACUAUAAUUGGGUAGAGAGCGGAUGAUUUAAAGCCAUAAACCUGUCCAUAUCAACGCGCGUCGUCAAUUUUGUUUUUGUCGUGUUAGGGCGGACCGCUGGGUUGAGGCGUUUGGGGGGUUCCUGGGCAUAAAGCAGGCAUUAUGCGCUGCGGCACCGUCAUCAUACCUUGAUCAUACCUUCCUUUCUUCCGGAUAUAUACACACGUACCCUGUACCGUCGGCGGCGAAGGGGGGGUUGCGCGCACGUGUUCGACGAGUCCACGAUAGACAGACAAUGACUAGUACAGUACAUCUUUCCCUGGCAUUAGUUCCUUGUAGUAAGGUACCUAAGCUUGAUAUGCAG